AAUCAAUGGCGCCCUGGAUGGCAGUGAGUCUGAGUCACCGUCUGAGUUUGUUCUGGGGCUGAAAAAACGCCAGCAUAUGUAUCUAUGACGAUCAAAAAGUCGCGCAGAAACAAAGGCGGCGUCUGGUUCAUCGAUGGAAGUAAGUAGAUCAUUCUGUGGAUAUGGUAGUCCAUGAAAUCGGUUACGGUUGCAUUUUCCGUGUAUUAAGUAGGCUUCCUCUUACCUUUGCGCUUGCGCGUGCCCUGAGAGGGUAUGCUUGGCCUUCGAUUUGGUCCGUGUUGCACUCGUCAGGACCAACUCUCAUCAUGAGAAAGAGAUGUGUAGCAACCGUCCCUGUGGUGGGUACUACAUGAAAAAUGCACUUCUACGACGCGAAGUGGAACAAGUCAAAGUGAACCUGAAUUAGUUGCAUUUGAGGGCACAUCUUGUUCUGGAGGAGUUCUUACUUCUACUUGUUUUUUCCUGAUAAGAACGUCAGCGCUUCGGCCUGCGAUCGGGAUGCCAACCACAGGCCCCGUUAUUUCGACGUCCGCUUCCGUCGCUGCACGCUGGGCGGAAAAACUGACAUCUGUCGUGACCGCAAGCUCCUCUUCAAGAGCCCUGCUGCAAAAGUGCGCGACCGGGCUGAGCGAAAUCAAGCUGACCGCGGCCUCAGGAACACCGUCGAGAAAGAAUCCGCCGACAGCGAGUGCGACAUGGUCGAGUAUCCAGCGUGUGCGACGCCGAGAUGCUUUGUGGCAGCGUUUGCACCAGAGCUUUGACCGUGAUUCCAUGGAACGGAGGAUCCUUCGCACGCACCCGCGGGUGCGCGAGAUGCUGGAUGUGUGGCUUGAAAGUGACGCUAACCAGGAAACCGAGCGCAUGAGCAGUUGUAGCAGCUCUUCCGGAGGUACAUCUGCGCUCCUUCCCGAGAUUCCAGCCACCGCACAAUCGAAAAUCAAGGAGUUUCUGGCGAAGCUCGAGCUGCAGCUAGACAGUGCUGACAGCGUAUCUUCACGCGGAAAUAAAGCUUUAUCCGCUACAAGUGGAAAAAACGAUAACAGCACCUCUGCCCGCACGGGAUGCGAUUCUUGGGCUUCCUCGAAAAUCCCCUCCCCGGCGUGCCAGAGUUCCCUGCAGCGGUUGCAGCAGCAGAAGCAGCGGGUCGAGGCGGAUGUCAGCAGCUUGCGCUUCCUGUAUCAGCGAAUUCUGUCGCAAGACACGCUCUCCCGCGGGCCUGCGAAGUUUCCCUCGACCUACCUGCGGCUCGGGCCGCAGUUUCCGUUUCAACCGGGCACCUACUACGCCCUGAUGCAGCGGGCUAACGCACUGAAGGGACACGAGCUGACGAAGCCGAUUCGCCUGAGGACUCUGGACGAGAAGGGAAACGACCUUGUCCCCGCCCCACAGGACGAGGCUCCAGGAGCUGCGGAAGCGGAUGGAGAGGACCCCGGCCAAAUGGUCGUGGACGAUGAUCCGUGGUCCAGGCCGCAGCGCGCGCACAAGGCUGUGGACCCGUGGCGGGAUGGAAUUUUCGAUCAAGAGGAUUUUCUUGCGGACAGAAAACGGCACUACCAAUACUAAAGUAAAGGGACUGUAGGCGGGAAACAAAUUGGUUUUCUCAAUGUGUAGCAUGUUUCCAGCUUGUGCAUGUGGCAU